AUGGGUCAGUGCCACAGUUCACAUAGGGCCAAGGCAACGACCGAGUUUGAUCCAGCUUCAAGCGAUAUCUCAGAAGCGGCGAGGCAGGAGAAGAUCCGUGAUGUGUACGACCGACUCGAGACCAAUGGCAUAAGAAUACUUCAAACUGGAAAGACCGAAUCCGUUCUACAGUACUGGUCAGAUACUCAAAUACGAAGCGACCCGGACCGAGUCCGCUCCGCUAUUCAGGCUGCGCUGGAAACGGAUGAAGGCGAGCACGCCUUGAGAGAUAUCUGGACGUCGGGCGCCGGCCAAAGCAUGUCGGCGGCGCGCCAGGCAAUUCUUCUCGAGCUGGAACAUCGUCACCCGUACCUACAUCAUGACAAGCCGGUGGCCGCCGCCGUGAGCCCUUCUUUGGAUGGGUUUGAGUACCGCUUCUCCAUGAAGGACUACAAAGACAACGAUGCGCUCGUCGCCUAUAUUGUUGAUCGAAGGAGAAACCCCCUUCGAUCGAGCUAUUCCGCGAUGCUUGUCGACAUGGUUGUUGCGGAAAUGAGGCCCGUGACACCACCAGCAGUGUCGGGGCCCGCAAUGACGGGCAUCACUGCCGCAAACGACAUCCUUGCAGCUAAUGGGCCAUAUGUGGUGGCGGUCGUGGCGGCUUACGAUGAAGCCGUGAAGACAACCGACGGCAAGACGGAAACGCAGCUUGGUCUUGCUGCGGACCAUGUCUCGUAUCGGUAG